AGAAAAAAAAAGAGAAGGGGGAGGAGAGAGAAAGAAGGGGCACAGAGAGGGGUCACACACCCACAACCAACAACAACACAACACCAGAAGAAAACCCCCCUUCUUUCUCCCCCCCAAAAUAAAUUAAAAAAAAGGAAAAAUAAAAAAAAUGGGUAAGGUAGUAGUGGAGAAGAAGAAGAAGAAAGGUCGUCCUUCUCUCCUAGAUCUUCAAAAGCGUUCUUUAAAAGAACAACAAGAACAACAACAACAUCAACAAUCUCAGCAGAAAAAACAGCAAUUUCAGAAUAAUGUUAAGAAAAUUCCCAAUUCCAAAAUUCCAAACCCUAGCCCUAAUUCCUCCGCCGGAAUUCGCCGAUCCACUCGCCGGAACCCUAACCCUAAUUCCGACAUCGACGAGGAGCUUCCUUCUGGUGUUGGUAAGAAGAAGCAGCAGCUCAAGGCUGUAAAGUUGAAAUUGCCGAAUGGAGGGGGUGAAGAUGAUGAGGAGGUGAACUCUGAUGAGGGUAGAGAAAAUAAUUCGAGGUCGGAAUCUGGCCCUGAGGGUGAUGCUUCACCUGGUUUGAAUCUCAGGAAGCGCAAAAUUGAUUCGAUUUCUCAUGGAUCUGGUGUUGAGGAGACUGAUAAGAGUGAAAAGCAGGGUAGUGCUGUUGCAACAACAAAGCAGGCGAGCACUCAACAAGAGUGUACACUGGAUGAUGGAUCUAUGACCCCUUUGCCCGAUAAAAGUUUGUUGCUUUUUAUUCUUGAUAGACUCCAAAAGAAGGAUACUUAUGGGGUUUUUGCAGAUCCAGUGGACCCAGAAGAGCUUCCAGACUACCACGAAGUCAUAUCGGACCCAAUGGAUUUUAGUACAGUAAGGAAGAAGCUUGCCAAUGGUGCUUAUGCUACCCUGGAACAAUUUGAGAAUGAUAUUUUCUUGAUUUGUUCCAAUGCAAUGCAAUAUAAUGCUGCAGAUACCAUCUACUUUAGACAGGCACGGUCUAUACAAGAGUUGGCUAUAAGAAAUUUUGAUAAUUUAAGGGCAGAUAGUGAUGAUAAUGAACCCGAACCGGAACCCAAGGUUGUAAGAAGGGGAAGACCGCCGACGAAGAAUCUGAAGACACCACCAGGUAGACCUCCACUAGAGAGGGCUAACUCUGACUUUCCCGAGGCAACUCUUGCUACUGCUGGCGGAACUACUAACCGGUCCAACAAUGAGGUGAGGAAGGCAUCUCAUUCGGAGAAGUUUGGAUCAACUGAUUCAUUUUCACGGUCCUUGUAUGGCUCUCGUGUUGGUGAGACUUAUAUUGGUUGGUCAGCUGAAAGAUAUGAGAGAGCUGAUGACAUGUCAGGCUCUGCUUCCAAGGGGAUUUUAAUGAAGCAUGGAAAGAAACAUAUCGUGCUUGACGAAACUAGACGAAAUACAUACAAUUCCUACUCAUCAGCUUGCGGACAGGAACCUUCAGUAUUGACGGCCUUCGACAGAGAAAGAAAGCAGCUAAUUGCUGUUGGUCUUCAUACAGAGUAUGGUUAUGCAAGGAGCUUGGCACGAUUUGCUGCAAAAGUUGGACCUGUUGCUUGGAAAGUCGCGUCUAAGAAGAUUGAGAGAUGCUUACCGACUGCUGUCAAGUUUGGCCCAGGAUGGGUAGGGGAAAAUGAAGCUCCUGCAGAAAGGUUGAUGCAGCAACAGUCACCUGCUUCUGUUGGUCAGAAAACACCGCCACCGUCCUCAUUGCCUGCACCUACAGAUACAUCGUCUGCUCAUACUCAAGGUAUAGCAGAUUCAAGUGGUGAUGGGUCAGUGUUAAAGACAGAAGGGGAGCAAUUGUCUGAGUCACAAAAACCGUGUAAUACAUCGAAUGUAAAUGAGGAAUCAGGCAAACCCCUUUGUCCUCCAGUUGCUGGUAAUGAUGCCACUCCACUUUCUUCUUCCAACGUACCCAGCACUGGUGCUGGGCCCAACUUGAUUGCACCUGAAGCUAGUGCGAGUCCGCCGUCGAGUACUGUGGUCAACAUAUUAAAUAAUGGCAGUGGUUCCAUGAGACCCGAAAACCCAUGUCCGAUUAAUCAAACUUGGAGUGUGCAUUCCCGUGUUAAUGGGCAUAAUAACGGUAGCUACGGGCUUAAUUUUGCGGCCCAGAUGGGGAAAAUGAUUGGGGCAGGAAGACCUACAAUGUUCAAUCUUCAGUCCAAUCCAUCAAUUGUGACAGUCUCCAGAACCGAGACACAGCCGGCCACCGACAGUAAUGGUUUAGGAGAAGCAAAGUUGGAAAAUUCUUGUACAAUAAAACCUAUUGAUGGUUUGCAGAAAACGGGGACCAAUCAAAAGGUUGGGUCCACACCGCUUGAUCUAAAUGUUGGAUUCCAGUCACCGGGAUCUCCAGUUUGUGGUGGAAAGGCUGAUUCAGUGCAGACAGAUUUGGCAUUGCAGCUCUAGUGUUGAGGUUUUAAUUACUUUUUAACGCCGGUGAACGGGGUUUCAGAUUCUUGCUCCUCGUUAUGGGGCGAUUGAGUGAAGCCGUAUCUAACUGUAUUAUUAAAUCGAGUAGUAGUUGUUCGUUCGUGUACAGAUUUGUGUAUGGGAAAUUCUUAGGUUAGCAAGUGAAAAGGUGUCUCAUUCUCAUGUAACAUUAAUUGGAAGCUGUGGUGUAGUUUAGAAUUUGUUUAUGUCAAGAUAGUAUAAAUGUUAUACAUAAAAAAAAAAAAACAAUUAUCCUC